GCUAACCACCAUGGAACAUUACAGGUUAACCAACAUAUGCCUUUUUUACUUAUUAUAUUCUGCUUAACAUUUCUAUAUUUAUGACUACAACUAAUAGCAGCAAAGAAGACCAACAUCCCACUACGCCACCGUCCCUACAACCUCCAGAAACAACUCUAGACAACAAUACAGUAAACCAAAUUAUACCUUCAGCAAAGAGAGCUCUUCAAUUUGAAAAGGAGUUACACAUUGAUCAACCAAGCCCAGCAAUUGCAAACACUAUUCAGGUUGCAACAAAUCAACUUUAUCAUUCCCAACAAGUAGAUCUCAGCAAGGAAAAACAACCGUCAACAGAAUUUUCUCCAGGACAAAAUUCUAAGCGCCAUAAAAAAGUAAUGGAAGCCUCCACCAAUGGAGAGGAAAACCAGCUGCAGCAGCCAAAGAUAGCUGAUCAACAGCCAUCGGGUCACAAGGAACAGGAACCAUGAGGUGCAACUCAUCCACACCAACUACCUGCAAGCAGUUUCCAAGAUUAUUGCAUCCAAAUCAACAGCUAUUUCUAUCACUCUCCAAGGGAAAUCAUCCACCGACGACCUCUCCAAGCUGCAGCCAACUCAAGCUCACGUUGUGAAUUACAUGAAAAAUAAGCUUCCUCACAUGCAUAUCAUUCUCGAUGGAGAAAAUGUCAAAAACAAUGAGAUUUAGAACUUACAGUUUCCUACUGUUUCCAGCUCACAGUAUUACUACCUACCUACAGUUUGCUGUAAUCGAAUAAACAAAACUUUAUGGGACCACCUAUACAUUUGUUGACAAAUUUUCUCCUAAAAAUUUGACAGAUGUAAUUAUAAUACAAUCGUAGUGUAAUUACACUGUAACUUGUAUGUAAUUACACUAUAACUUACA